AGGUAGGAAGAUGAGUCCAAAAAUUACAACAGAGCUGCUGAAGCAACUGCGGCAGGUGAUGAAGAGUCCCAAGUAUGUCCAGGAGCCUGUCCAAGCCUACAUAGUGCCCUCUGGAGAUGCCCACCAGAGUGAGUACAUUGCACCCUGUGAUUGCAGACGGGCGUUCAUCUCUGGAUUUGAUGGCUCUGCAGGUACUGCCAUAGUCACUGAGCAGCAUGCAGCCAUGUGGACAGACGGACGCUAUUUCCUGCAAGCUGCACAUCAAAUGGACAACAACUGGACGCUCAUGAAAAUGGGUCUGAAAGAUACACCGACUCAGGAGGAUUGGCUAGUGAGUGUCCUCCCAGAAGGCUCGAAAGUGGGAGUGGACCCUUUCAUUAUCCCAGCUGACCAGUGGAAGAGGAUGUCCAAAGCCUUGAGAAGUGCUGGCCACGACCUUGUGCCUGUCAAAGAAAACCUUAUCGAUACAAUCUGGACAGACUGUCCUCAGCGCCCUUGCAAGCCUCUCAUCACGCUUGACCUUAGUUACACAGGGCUCAGCUGGAGAGACAAAAUUGUAGCCCUCCGUUCAAAAAUGGCUGAAAGGAAAGUCCUGUGGUUUGUGGUAACGGCCUUGGAUGAAGUAGCGUGGCUUUUCAACCUCCGAGGCUCUGAUGUUGAGUACAAUCCUGUGUUUUUUGCAUACGCCGUCAUAGGAAUGAACACAAUCAGGCUCUUCAUAGAUGGUGACCGGAUGAUGGACCCAGCUGUGAGGGAGCACUUACAGCUCGAUUCCACCCUGGAGCCUGAGUUUAAAAUCCAGGUGAUGCCCUAUGGAUCUAUCCUGUCAGAGCUGCAGGCUGUUGGUGCAGGCCUCUCGCCCAAGGAGAAAGUAUGGCUCAGUGACAAAGCCAGCUAUGCACUGACUGAGGCAAUUCCCAAGGUUUACCGAUACCUCACCCCGUAUACCCCCAUCUGCAUUGCAAAAGCUGUGAAGAAUGCGUCGGAAACAGAAGGCAUGAGAAGAGCACAUAUUAAAGAUGCUGUUGCCCUGUGUGAGCUCUUUAACUGGCUGGAGAAAGAGGUUCCAAAGGGAACAGUGACAGAAAUAAUUGCUGCAGACAAAGCAGAGGAGUUUCGCAGCCAACAGAAGGACUUUGUUGAAUUGAGUUUUGCUACCAUAUCAAGUACGGGUCCAAACGGAGCCAUCAUUCACUACAAGCCAGUUCCUGAGACCAACAGAACACUGUCUGUGAACGAGAUCUACCUCCUGGACUCAGGAGCACAGUACAAAGAUGGUACAACAGAUGUGACCAGGACAGUGCAUUUUGGCACACCAUCAGCUUAUGAAAAGGAAUGCUUCACCUAUGUCUUGAAGGGACAUAUAGCUGUGAGUGCAGCCAUCUUCCCAAAUGGAACCAAAGGCCACCUUCUAGAUUCCUUUGCCCGCUCUGCCUUGUGGGACUGCGGUUUGGAUUACCUGCAUGGGACAGGACAUGGAGUUGGCUCUUUCUUAAAUGUACAUGAGGGUCCUUGCGGCAUUAGCUACAAAACCUUUGCAGAUGAGCCCUUGGAAGCUGGCAUGAUCGUCUCAGAUGAGCCUGGAUAUUAUGAAGAUGGGUCCUUUGGGAUCCGAAUAGAAAAUGUUGUCCUUGUGAUCCCUGCUGAAACCAAGUACAAUUUCAAAAACAGAGGGAGCCUGACUUUUGAACCCUUAACCCUGGUUCCAAUCCAGACAAAAAUGAUUGAUGUUAAUUUGCUGACACAAAAAGAGUGUAACUGGGUGAACGACUACCAUCAGAAGUGCAGGGAAGUAAUAGGAACAGAACUGGAGAGGCAAGGCCGGCACGAAGCUCUUCAGUGGCUCAUCCGGGAGACGGAGCCUCUCAUCAGAAUUCAGUAG